UGCGGAACCACGCCAAGGUCAGCCACUUCCGAAUCUGCAAGAGCCCCGGGGGCAGCCUCUACAUCCAGAAGGUGCGGAACCACGCCAAGGUCAGCCACUUCCGAAUCUGCAAGAGCCCCGGGGGCAGCCUCUACAUCCAGAAGGGUCAUCCCUUCCCCGACAUGGAGGAGCUCCUGGCCUUCUACACCCAGCACUGGAAGGUCAUCCAGAGCCCCCUGCUGCAGCCCUGCAGCCCCGCGACCCCCCCCGAGCGGGACGGCUGGGAGCGCCCGCGCUGGGAGUUCACCCUGCGGAGGAAGCUGGGCGAGGGCUACUUUGGAGAGGUGUGGGAAGGGCUGUGGAGGAACACAGUGCCCGUGGCCAUCAAGAUCAUCAAAGCUGACAUGAAGGCAGAAGACUUCACCAAGGAGAUCCAGAACCUGAAGCGCCUGAGGCAUGAGAAGCUGAUCCAGCUGCACGCUGUCUGCUCGCUGGAGGAGCCCGUGUACAUCAUCACCGAGCUCAUGCGGAAGGGCAACCUCCACACCUACCUCAACAGUCCUUAAGGGAAGUCCUUGGGCACCUCCCACCUUCUGAACAUCGCCUGCCAAGUAGCGGAUGGGAUGAGGUACCUGGAGGAGAAGCACAUUGUCCACCGGGAUCUGGCAGCCAGAAACAUCCUGGUGGGAGAGGAACUCACCUGCAAAAUCGCUGAUUUUGGACUCGCCCGGCUCCUCAAGGAUGACAUCUACUCCACCAGCAGCAGCACCAAGAUCCCGGUGAAGUGGACAGCCCCAGAGGCUGCCAACUACCGCACCUACUCCCUCAAGUCCGACGUCUGGUCCUAUGGGAUUCUGCUCUAUGAGGUCUUCACGUAUGGCCAGAUCCCCUAUGAAGGAAUGACAAACCAAGAAACCGUGAGGCAAAUCACCAGGGGCUACCGCCUUCCCCGGCCCAGCUCCUGCCCUCCUGAGAUCUACAGCAUCAUGCUGGAGUGCUGGAGUGGCAACACGGAGGAGCGUCCCACCUUCCUGGCCCUGAGGGAGAAGCUGGGCUUCAUCUACAGACGCCUGCUCAGCUCCCUUUCCUGA